AUGGGGAAGGUCGCAGAACCGGCAGGGGCCCCGACGGAGGAGGCUGCAGAAUUCCUCGGGUUCCCCGAGCCGGCUCCCGUGGAGGAUGUCAGGCGUGGCGCCUCGUCAACAAUCCCUUUAUUUGCAGGGGAGGCCUUUUGGGGCCACCAUCCCUCGGAGCAGGCUUCCCUCUCGCAGGGGCCCCUGGAGCCCUAUUCUGCCACCACAUUGUAUGGCCCUCCUACGGUGUGCGCCCCUCCUCUCGAAGGGCCUCCCGGGACGGCUUUCGAGGCCUCCUUCGAAGCCUCCGAUCCAGCCUUUGGAGCUUUUCCGAGAGCGCCGACGCCGGCGGAGGUGAGCAAGGGCAUUUUUCUCUGCGAAAGAGUUGUGCUGGAGUACUCCGGGAACUCCCAAUUGCCUGCAGAGGUGCGCCUCGCCCUCAAGCACCCGCACGGUUAUCAGGUGAAGGGCGGCGGGAAGGGCCCCCUUGGGGGCCCCCAAGGGGCCCCGCACGAGGACGCCUAUGGCGAAUCCCGGGGCAGGGGCCCCGCCAGACAGAUCGCAGGUUCUUCUGCGGCCUCUAGAAGCAGACGCGAGCAGCUGUCGACGCCUCGACUGGGAGAGCAAGGCGUCCAUGAGGGACGGGGAGGCGCUUCUGGAGGCGUUUGCGACUGUAGCGACUGCGAACGCUGCCGUGCAUUCCAGGAGGCGAGGAGGCUCUUGAGUCCCUUCGGAGUGCACUUGCUUCUGGGGAACGGGGGCCCCGAUGGCGCGCGGGGGGCAGGGGGCCCUCCUGGAGGCAGAGCCGCUGGGAAGGCGGAGGAGCAGAGCGACGUGGAGGCGGCCCUGCCUCUUGCUCUAGCGUGCAUGCCCUCCAACGCAAAGGAGAGGCCACCGGGGGAAGGGCCCCCGGGGGCCCCCGAAGUCGGCAGCGAUUGUGUCUGUGCCCUCCUGGAGUCUGGCAGAGCGGGGCCCUCGCCCGAGGGGCCUCCCGGCGCAGGCGAAAUAGGGGGGUUCUUGGUUUGCGAGAGUCGAAGCCUCAAGCAGCGCGCUGCUGUUGAGGCUGCCGCAGCCAUCAAGAGGGCCCUCACCUACUUCUUGUUGGAAGCACCGCCCCCCGCGACGGCGACUGCCGUGAGAAUGCUGAUCCCGAGGGCCCUAGGACAGAAGGAUCCUACGAGCUCCGCAGCGUCUCACACGAAGUCUGGGCCGCUUGCGGCUGUAAAACUGCUGCCUCAGCAGCAGAACCUGCCGCAGCCUCAACACCAGCAGGAAGGCACUUUUCCGAGGACGACCGCCUCCCCAAGCCGCAGCAGUCGCGGCGCGGGCGGCUCGAUCGAGAGAGGAAGUGACGGGCCCCGCGCUUUGUUAUUGGGGCUGUUAGAUGCCGUCGUGCAGCUGCACGAUGUCUCUUGUGACGAGCGGCAGGCGGCGGUCAGUGCGAAUCACUUCUCGGGGAUCCUCGCCAACAACCGCGUAGUCCUCACUCGCGUCUCCUCCGACUUCCGCGCCUUCCUGAUGAAGCACGAAGAAGAGGUCCUCAAGGCGGAGUUUCCCAAGGGCUUCUUCGCCGCGCGCCGACAGCAGCAGGAGGCCCGACGCAAAAGGGCCCUCUCUGCCGGGGGGCCCCCCCUCGAGGCCCCCGGCGGGGCGGCUUCUUCCGGCACGGGCGAGGAGGGGAGGGCCCUCAACGAGCUCCUCCGAAUGGGCCCCACAUUUUCGCUUCACUGCUUCGUCUUCGAGGGACGGCGUCAGGCUAGAGCCUUGCUGAAGCUGCUGAAGGCUUUCGUGACGCCUCACGCAGAGCUUCAGGGAGCAACUCCUUCGGCUAGGGCCCCCGUCGCCCCUUCAACGUUCAAUUCUUUCGUUGCAGCCGCAGCAGCACACACUUCAGCGGAGGCCAAGGCAUUCGAGCUCACUGGAAGGAGGGCUUUGGGGGCUUCUCUGCAGGUGUACAUGGUGGUUUCAAACUUCAGAGUGCGGGGGGCUCGCGUCAUGGACUGCCGAGUUUCUUUCUCAGACACAGCCAUCGCUCUCGAAGGAGGCCUUUCGAAGAGCACCAAGCGCCUGCGCAUCAGGGGGCUGAUGCUGCCUCAAAGCCAGCGAGAACUUCUCAAUGCUACAAAGGCACUGGCAGAGUCCGGCUCCCUAAGCGACUGUUCCCUCUUUUGGGAUUACUGCAGACAGCCGCAUAGGGGGGCCCCCUUCUACGAGCAGGGCCUCGCACUCUGCUUCCCAGGCGAAAAGCUGUGGCGGCACUUCCAGAGCUUUGGGGGGGCCCUUGCCGCGCGGCGCGAGGAUACCUUUUCCACCCUCAGAGCGCUUGUGCCAGAGGCCCUUUGGGGCCUCGCAGCAAAGGCGACCCGAGAGGCGCAGCUCAAAGAGCAGCAGCGAGCUGCAGCGAGAGCUGCUGCUGCCACUGCUGCAGCGGGUACGUGCGAACUUGAGCUUUCGAGGCCAGCAGCGUCUGUAUGGGGUGUGUUGCCCGCCGUCCUCGCUGCUCCUGCUGCUGCGGCAUGCCUCCGUCAGUCCUUGCUCUGCUUGACAUACGAGGGCAGUAAAGGCCCCGUGGAGAGUCUCGGAGAUCCUGCCUUCUUUUACUGCUGCCAGCCUGACGUCGUAGAACAAAUGCCGCCACCACAUAGCCUGUUGCUGCAGCAGGCCCCCGUGGAGUGCAUGGUCGCACCUGUGUUCUUCCGCUUUGUCGCAAAGCAUGGUGCACCUCCCCCAUUCGAUGCUGACUUGGCGCCUCCCUUGAGGCCUGCUUGGCUCCGUUCACUCGCCGCCCUUAAAACCAGGAAACGGGAGGGGGCAUUCCCAAUCAAGGGGGCCCCCUCCGCUGCUGCAGCAGGGGUGGCUGUAUCUUUGGGAUCCGUGAUUCGCAUCGCUCUGGAGGAGGCGGCUCUCACCAGAAGGCCCUCCGCUUGUCUUUCAGCCUCUGGCGCAGUUGCUGCUGCCGCAGCGUCUCCUGCUGCCGCCAUUGAAGUCUACGCCGUUGUGCUGGAGGAUCCCGAGGAGAGCGCUGCUGCGGCAAGCCACAUGAAGGCCCUCCUCGAGAUGCAAAGGAGGCCCCGCCAGGGGACGCUAACCGUCCACUUUGUGACUGCGGCGUGGGCAUACAAGUGCCUUCAUGAGGGCGUCGUGAAUCCAGCCUCCGCGCUGCCCUUCCAUCUGCAGGUUGAGGGCCUCCCUCCUUGCUGCUGGGCAGGGGAACCCCCUGCUCCUGUUGACAGCCUCGUGCCGCUUGAGGCCCCUGUCCUCCCUGAGAAGCGGCGAGAUGCAGGGGCUGGAAACAAGUCAGACGGGGGGCCAUGCGCUCGGUUCAUGCAUGCGUCUACAUGUGUUAUGCAGGAGCCGUGGGGACUCCCCCUGUUUGGCUGGUUUCUCCUAGCCACGCACGAAGCACUCGCUGCGCUCGCCGUGCCAAGGGACGAGCUAGAAACGGUUUGGGGAGUUUCUAUUCACGUAUUGCCCUCCCUCUCCCCGCACGCAGUCCUCAAGGGCCUCCUUGCGCUUCUGGCCUCUUUCGGCUUAGACCCUGCAAGAGCGCCAUUGGAGAUGCAGCAAAUGGCUGUCUUUGCGGUUGUUCUCGCGCCCGACUCACUUACUCCCGAGAACCUCGCAGACGAGGCCCUUGGAAGCUCCCCAGCCCUCCUCCCCCGGCUAUCCCCGGGGGCCCCUCUGACUUCCAGGAAACCCCCCACGCCCGGGGAGGGCCCUGGGGGGCCCCCCGCCACUCAAAACCUCAGUGUCAAGCCUGCGCUUCUCUCUUCCCGCCUGCACCACUCCCCUUCGGAAUCGCCCUUAAGGGAAUCCCGGAGAUCUGCCGCAGGGGACUCCUCGACGGCCAGCCCCUUCCGCCGGAUGCAGCCUCGCCCGUCACAUCCCUUGAGGGCCCCAGAGGGUAAAUCUCUCGAAUCUGCGGCAAGCACGCGAUUUCCCUUCGGUGACAAAGAGGCUCCGCGCACGCCUCUUCGGACGGCAGCACUUAGGGGCCCCCAACUUUCUUCAGGGCCUUUCUCUCCAAGGAAGAAUUCCUGCUCACCCCUCAAAGCUUCGUCCUCUCCGUUGAGGGCCGCGUCUUCCCCCUCGAGAGGGGGCCCCUCCUCCCCACUGCGCUCCUCCACGCGUGGAGGCCCCUCGAGUGCGUGUCGAGCCAACCUCGCACUGCACCACCGGUGCCCCUGGAGUCAGUCAUGGGGCCCUCGAUCCAAUCCGCCGCGGUUCUGCAUGAAGAGUGGCACUUACAGGGUGAGCAUUGGGAAGCUGAGGGUCCUAGUACCAGGUCUAGAGGCGAUCCCGCUUGUCAAAACCAGCUGGGUGCUCGAGUGCCUCAGAACUCGUAGGUUGCUGCCCCUGCAGCAGUUCUUCGUGGUGCCGCCGCAGGAGCAACACCAGCAACUACAACAGCAACACCAGCAGCAGCAGCAGCAGCAGCAGCAGGACCAGCAGGCGGAGGGAAGCCACCCGCACAAACAAAGACGCCAGAACCGCAGCAAAAGGAGGGAAGCAAGAAGGGCUCAAAGACUCCAAAACGGACAGCGAACUGAAAGGAAUUUUGUGACUGUGAGGCCCGGCUGUCUUUGGAUGGCUCAAUGGGAUUGUGGCUGGCGAAGCGGGGGUGCGGGGCCUCUCUUCGCCCUCCGAGCACUAAUAAAUUCAGCACCUUUUAGGGCAAACCUCAUGCGAGUCUGUCCUAAAGCAGUGCUUAGCAAGAACGCAUUUUGCUGCCGACUCGCCCGUUCCUGCAAGAAUAAGGGUGGGGUAGGAGGGAUGGGCCAUAGUACGGUUAAAGGGCCAUUAGAGGUAGAGUGA